AUGGCUUUGGUUGUAAAUAAUUUCAAAGUGAGGCAUAAUCUAAUGGGAAAGCUCUACCCAAAACUUGGAAUUAUCCUCAUUCGGGAGCGUGGGCGCGUGUUGCAGUCGCUGGCGGAGACGUUCCGGUGCUUCAUCUGCAUGGAGCGGCUGCGCGACGCGCACCUGUGCCCGCACUGCUCCAAGCUGUGCUGCUACCCGUGCAUGCGCCGCUGGCUGACGGAGCAGCGCGCCCAAUGCCCGCACUGCCGCGCCGCGCUGCGCCCGCACGAGCUCGUCAACUGCCGCUGGGUCGAGGACGUGACGCGACACAUCGACGCGCUCGCUGCCAACGCGGGCGCCGGCGACCCGGCACACGCCGACAGUGCCGCCGAUAGCUGUGAAGAGCACCAAGAAAAACUGACAGUGUACUGCUGGACGUGCCGCCAGUGCAUAUGCCACCAGUGUGCACUGUUUGGUGGCGAGCACUCUGGCCAUGAUUUCAAGCCUCUGGAAGAUGUUUACAAGCAGCACGCUGUCCAGAUUGGGGACGAGGUCUCCCAGCUGCGCCGCAGGUUGCUAGAGCUCAUUAGCCUCGUCCAGGAAGUGGAGGACAAUGUUGAUUCCGUGCGGACAGCUAAAGAGGAACGUGUGAACGAGCUGCAUAAUGCCAUGGAAGCUAUGGCCCAGAAUCUGGACAUACAGUUGACAGUAAAAUUAAUCAAACUAGAGAAACAGAAAAAUGCUCUACUGCAGGACGCCGAACAGCUGGAAGCCAUCCUGCAAGAAGUGGAGGGCCAAAUGCAGACAUGUUCUCACGCGGAGUUAAUACGGAGAAGCCACGAGUUGUCAUCUAUGAUUCACGCUUUGCGGAAGAAACCAAUGGCGAGCUUCGUUACUGCGCCAGUCCCUGCCGACUUCGUAAGUGAAAUAGUUCCUUCAUAUGAUACUGGCACUUUUGAAAUUCAGCACUAUAGUCAACUUCAACAGAAAGCAGAUCCAGUAUAUUCACAGCCACUGAAUGUUAAUGGCCUCUCUUGGCGCCUCAAGGUGUAUCCUGAUGGAAAUGGUUUUGUUCGAGGGAGUUAUCUCUCUGUUUUCUUAGAACUUACUGCUGGCCUUCCAGAAACGUGCAAAUAUGAAUAUCGAAUGGAGAUGGUCCACCGUGCAGCCCAAGAUGAAAGCAAAAAUAUUGUCCGAGAAUUCGCUUCUGAUUUUGAAGUUGGUGAGUGCUGGGGAUACAAUCGUUUCUUCCGCUUGGAUUUACUUGCCAGUGAGGGAUUCUUAAAUGCUGAAGAGGAUAUGCUAACCCUGAGGUUUCAAGUACGUCCACCAUCAUAUUAUCAGAGGUGCAAGGACCAACAGUGGUAUAUUGGAAAAUUAAAUGAAUCAAACAUCAAAUAUGCAGCACAGAUACAAGUGCUAAAAGAGAGACUGAGAAUUGAAAUUUCACGGAACAACAUAUCAGCUACAAGAGGUCAUGAUGAUGCAGAAACUACAAUACAUAGCAAAUCUAUCAUAACAUCAAACUCUGAUGGUGAUAAUGAACAUUCAGUUGAUAAUGAGACAGAAAAUGUAAAUGAUGAUAACGUUCAAAACAGACUGCCAGAUGAAAGCAAUAAACUGCCUAAGGAGAACCAUUUAAAUGAAGUCAGCGCCACUGGAAAUAGUUCAACUGUGCCAAAGUUGUCAGUUUUCAAAAUGACAGAUUCAGUUCCAAUCACUUUGAGAAACUGUGAUGAAUUUCUGUCAUUGGAUUUGCCUGUGAACUUGAUAAGCAUGACAGAGAGAGUGUCCAGUAACAGCAGCACAGAUUCAGAGGAGCUGAGUGACAAUGAUGGAUUUAGUGAUAUUAGUGACCACAUCAGUGCACACGCUGGAAGACCAGAAGGCAAUAUCAACAAUGAAAAUGAUAUAGAUGAUGAAACCAUGUCAGGGGAAAAUGAUGUGGAGCUUUCAGAUAUGCAGACUGUUUUUACAAGAAUUUGUUUCAGUGAAUCAGAAUAAGUUCUGUGUAAUGAAGACCUCUUAAGUUCA